AUGUACGCUGUGGAGAAAAAGUUUGAAAUAGAGAUGAAGUUGAGAAAGGAAAUGACGAAUAUCCAGGAGUUAAAAGCGGCAGCUAAACGCAGUUCAUCUCUUGCUAAUGAUGUGUGCAAUGUUCUUGGCGCUUGUGAACAGAGACUUCAGCAGCUGGAGACUGCUGUGCUACCGUUGUAUGGAGACACUGCGAGGCUACAACAUAUACAUCAAAAUAUGGAGCGCACAGUGAGGUCUUUGGACCAUGUGAUAAACUAUUAUAUGGUGACGAGAGAGCUGGCAGACCUUAUACAAGCUGGACCAAAUACCAGCACAACGGAAACAUUGAAUGUAUAUCUUGAAGCUUUGGACAAAUUGGCAGAUGCACAAGGAUAUUUCAACAAAAACAAUCCUCAGAGUAUUGAAUUGGAAAAUAUUAAUCAGCUGUACAACACGGGUGUAUCCAAGCUCGAAAACGCAUUCGAGGACCUCCUGAAUCGCAACACCAGACCUCUCUCUCCUACUACACUGAUGGACAUGAUCGCUUUAGAAGAAGACUCGAGCGUGGACAGCGUCAGCGUGAGCGGCAGCGGCAGCACGGUGGGCGGCGCGCUGGACUGCAUGCGCGCGGCCGCGGCGUGGCUCAGCGCGGCCGGCGCCCCCCCCGCGGCGCAGCUGCUGGCCGUGCGCGCGCCCGCCGCCAAGUCCUCGCUGCUCGCCUUCAAGGACUACCAGCGCUCGCGCUCCAUGGCGCACUCGCCGCUCAUGAGAGCCAAAAACUUCUUACAUCGUUCCGAUAGCACUCAGAGAAGAACAAGCAGAUUGCAAAAAGUUAUCGAGAAACGCGCAAACAAAAUAAUGAUGAAGGCGUCACAGACCUUAGAACAGUCUACCGGACUAGCUAUUGGGCCAAGGAAGUCUGUCGUUGAAACUUACACAGAGGAAAACACCGAGUACCUGGACGACUGGGAGGCAGAGAUGGCCGGUAACGUUGCAGCUGCAGUGUGCCGUUUAGCUCGGCACGAACAGCGCCAUCUGUUGGGGCUGGUGCCGCUGCCGCGACUUCCUCCCUUGUUAGCCGCCGUGCUCAGUCAAUGUUUCGCAAUACUCGCCACCGAUGUUGAGCGCGCGUGUGCGCGGUCCCGUCGCGCGGCGGGGCGGUGCGGGGGCGGCGCGGGGGGCUGGGCCGUGCUGGCGCGCCUCACGCGGCUGCUGCCCGAGCUGGAGCGCGCGCUCGCGCCCGCCUCGCCGCAGCCCUACACCAACAUCCUGCACGCCUGCCAGCAGAACUGCAUAAAGUCUCUGGAGGAGUGGGUGGAGGGCAUCCGCAACGACAGCGCGGCGGGCCCGGUGGACGGGACGGUGCACCAGCUGGCCGCGGCUGCGCUGGCCCACUGCCAGGCGCUGGCCGCACACAUACACACUAUAGGCCCAGCACUAGCGACAGAGCCGUCGUACGUCCGCGCAGUGAGCCAGGUGUCCGGCUCUCAUGACAGGAACGCGGUCAUGCUCGCUAUAUACAUGCGAAAAGUCCUGGCGCAAUUGAACUUUGCGCUAAGGAAUAAGAGUGAGCAAUAUCCAGAUGCGUUGAAAGCUAUAUUCUUGUUAAACAACACGCUCUAUUUGCUACAGGGACUUCAACGAAGUGGUCUACUCGACGUUUUGAUGUUGGCGGAACCCGAGUGUGAAGCGAACUACCGCGACAUGAUACAGGAACAUAAGAACGCCUACUUGCAGAGUUGGAACAAACUGCUGCAGCACACGACACUGGAUGAGCCCCUGCCUGCUAAACUGAGGGACAGGGAUCGGCAGAUACUCAAGGAUAAAUUUGCUUCGUUCAACCGCGAGUGGGAGGAGUGCAGCCGCGCCCAGCGCACGUACAGCGUCCCCGACGCGGAGCUGCGCGAGGCGCUCAAGCGCGACAACAAGCUGGCCAUCCUGCCGCCCUACACCACCUUCUACGACCACUACGCCUCGCUGCCCUUCUCCAAGAACCCCGACAAGUACGUCAAGUACAGCCCCGUGCAGAUUGCAACACAGUUGGACGGGUACUUCGAUGAAGCUGCUUAG